AUGUCUACCUAUUUCAGUGUUUCCAACAGUUCUCAAGGACAUGUUUUACAGUUUCUCCUGAUGGGAUUUCCAGGAAUUCAUAGAUGGCAGCACUGGCUUUCUCUGCCCCUGGCAAUGUUUUAUUUCUUAGCACUUGGUGCCAACCUCUUCAUUCUUUUUACCAUCUAUCAAAUGACUACUGUGCAGCCUAUGUACCAUUUCCUGGGUAUCUUGGCUGUGACAGAUAUGGGCUUGGCCACCACCAUCAUGCCUAAGAUCCUGUCCAUUUUUUGGUUUGAUAACAAGUCCAUCAGCCUUCCUGAAUGCUUCCUUCAAAUUUAUGCCAUCCACUGUUUUCUGGGCAUGGAGUCAGGUAUCUUUCUGUGCAUGGCUGUGGAUAGAUAUGUGGCCAUUUGCCACCCGCUGAGAUACCCGUCUGUCAUCACCAAAGCCUUCAUAAUCAAAGCUACCAUGUUCAUGGUGCUCAGGAACGGCCUCUUGGUAGUCCCAGUUCCUGUGUUGGCAUCCCAGAGAAAUUAUUGUUCUAGGAAUGAGAUUGAACACUGUCUGUGUUCUAAUCAGGGGGUCACCAGACUGGCCUGUGAUGACACAAGUCCCAACAGGGCCUGCCAAUUGGUUCUGGCCUGGGUUGGCUUGGGCAGUGACCUGGGUAUGAUUCUUUUGUCAUACACCUUUAUCUUAAGAUCUGUUCUAAAACUGAACUCUAAAGAGGCAUCAUCUAAAGCCCUGAGCACAUGUUCUUCCCAUCUUAUUCUCAUUUUCUUUUUCUACACAGCUAUUGUUGUAGUGUCUGUCACACACCUGGCUGAGACAAGGGUGCCUCUUAUACCUGUACUUCUUAAUGUGUUACAUAAUAUCAUCCCACCAGCCCUUAAUCCCAUAGUAUAUGCACUCAGAACUCAGGAGCUCAGAGUUGGUUUUUUGAAGCUUCUAAGAUGCGCUGGAAAGAGAAAAUGA